AUACGUUUUUAGACCGCAUAACUUACCUUACAUUCCAUUACCAAUUUGUUUAAAAUUACAGUUAAUGGUAUGAUUCUUUUCGAAUACUGAAGUUUUUCCCAGCAGUUAGGAAGAUUUUAGUUUAUUUGGCAAAGAGUGUCAAAAAUUAUGAGGGCUACAGCAAAAACUUAUCAAUGAACUUAAUGGUUGAACUCAAUUUUUGGCUAGAAAAUAUGUGGGUGUCUUUUUUUCUCCAGAAGGCAACAGGUUAAAAACUCUCGCAUUCUAUUUCCGCUCGCAAACGUAUAGAGCUUUUUUAUCUGCUUCCUCUACAAAAAGAUGUUCGACAAUUAAAAUAGCUUUUCAGUCAAUGUAAAGCAACGUUCUAUUGUUUUAGAAGGAGAAAAACUCACUAACGAAGCCCCGCGCUUUAUUUUUCCCAAUUAUUCUUCAAGUAUGCGGUAUGAAUUUAUUUUUGAAUAAAUUCGCCAUUUUAUAUAUUCAAAUGUAAAUAAAAAAACGACAUCGAAAAAUAAGUCAAUUUCUGUUUUUACUAAUAAUGUGCUUUGAAUUAUAAAUUUUUGGGACCUGUGGAGAAAUGUCGACGCUAAACAGGGUAAAGGAAAGUGCCUCAAUAGAAUCCAACGAAGAAGACGACAACUUACCCAGCGAUAUUCGGCCGUAUGCAGUCGACAACACGGGUAACCGAUGGUCGGUUGAGGGCCCAAUUGAGCCGACGAGUUAUUUUACCAAUGCACUCGACCAGUUUGGUCUGUACCAAUCACUACAAGCUUUCGAGGAAACAAUUCUACAACUGAAGAGAAUUGAUUCGGAUGGUCGUAUGCUGUGUUCGGAUUUAUACGAUGACGUAACGCAGGAAAACUUGGACACAAUGUCCCUCUCGGAUUUUUCCGAUGUCCGAUCCGAGUUGAAACCCGAGCACAGAUGGCUGAAUCGGUCUCUUUCCUUCACGAGUAUGGAGAUAUCGCCUUACGAGCAAUUCGAAAAAGAGACGGGGAAAGAUUUUUUGAAAACAAUUGUGGAAAAAUCAGCUUGUUGCAAAAAAUCACGGAUUGAAAGAUCAGCCGACACCUCUUCGUCAUUCGGAGAGUCGAGUGGCUACAGCUCCUUCAGCGAGUUCAAAUCUCUACCUCAGUCUCAGUCGGUUCUAGCCGACCCCCAGGGUACCCAGAAUCUACCUUCUCUCUUCCUCCAAUGGGAGCCUUCUUGCAAAGUCCUAAGACAGAGACGUGUCUCAUUCGUCCGAAUUCGGAAGCCGACAUCACAGUCGAGCCGCCGAGACGUCACAACACCUGUGCAUGAGCGUGAAAUAAAAAAUAACGAGCAGUUUUCCGCAAGCAACGAUGAAAUUUCGACUUGUGACGUCACGAUAACCGAGGAUGACGUGUUCGUGAGUGAUAGGUUGAAGAGCAACGUCACACCUCAGAAUAGUGUUGAACUGACAGUUGAUCACACAGAUUACCAGGAGAUGAGGAAGGCGUCUGUUCUCACCCACGAGGAAAGUGACCUUUACUGGAGGAGACACAUAGAGGUCACAGUAGUGGUGGACAAUGACCCCUCUGCCAUAGAGAUGAAGGAUGUUAGUGGCGAUGGCGGCCUCGGAGGAGACGGAACAAGAGGAGCGGGCGCUUCUAAGAAACGAGACCCAGUCACAGAUAGAGAUUCCAUCACUUCCGACUACGACCCCUCCGAGGAGUGUGGGAGGGGAUGUAAGAAGACAUGCCAGAUUCUCGGCUACAUUUCUCUAGCUGUCAUUCUUGUAGUCGCAGUUUCUUGCUAUUUGGCUUUUAAGGAUUAGUCAUCCAUCGGCUCAUUGCCUCUCGUAUGUGUAUAUAGUUAGCUACAGAU